UCCUUCCUUUUUUUAUUUUUAUUUUCAACUUUACGCUUAUUCAAUUUCGUAUUUCACGUGAAACUUUUCAUAUUUUCCUUGAACGUUCGGAAAAAAAUAAAAAUAAAAACACUUCCUGUUUGGCUUCACGUGAUUGGCUGUUUUUAACCGCGCAGACUCCUGGGAAAGCGCGAUGUUUAAAUCUGUUUCCGGUUUCUUUCUGCCUCGGCCACCAUGGCCAAAGAGCUAAAAUUGAGGGCUUCAGCCGGUACGCCAAACAUGGAGCGACAACCCAGCAGGUAAAACUUUAUAUUUAGUCCUAAAAUAUAUUUUUUUAAAAGUAUGUUUGACUACGAAACAACGUAACAGUGAGUUCCGGCUCUCGUAGCACCGAUACUUGCCGUUGUCGUCCGUAUCAAUAAACUGUCACGCCAAAUUACAUUCAGUAAUCGAGUAUUUUAAUGUUGCCUUGCUUUUAAUGAGAGAUACCCAUCUCACAUAAUUACAUACAAGACAUUUUACGAAUAAUUUGCCUCCAUUUUUUAAUUCGGCAUGUAUCCCGUGCCCAAUGGAGUUAUAAAGCUAAUUUUCACAUUUUGUAACUGUCCCUCCCCUCAUUUCUACCAAGUCGUCAGCUAGAAUAGUGGUAAUGAAGCUGUUGUUUUCCGAUUGAGUGCAGCGUUACCUUAUGUUUCGUUUUAAAAUUCAAGUUGUAAUAUUACAGUAACAUUAUAUUGGUUUCUCUGUAAUGUUAUUGCAAACACAGCAUGAGGAGGCAGAAGUCUUAGCAGGGUUUUGCUCUGUAUGCUUAUUGCUGUGGGACCAAGUGAUCUUUCAGUAACACUGCACCCAAGUCAAUCUUUUGAGACCCCUCUGUUUCACCCUGUGGGAUUUAGACCCGAUGAAGCUGAUGUGAUGCUUUGUGUGUGUUUCAGUGUGACAAGGACUCCUCUCAACAGUGUUGUAGUCCAGAGGAGGAGCAAAACCAGGAGCUACCGGCUGUCAUACCGCAGCUGCUUGGGUGCUGCCUCACGUCUUGGCUUGACCCCAGCGUUGACGGCGCGGAGGCUCAACACCAGCAGACGGGCUCCAAAGUCACACAACAUCACUGAGAAGGUGAAUUUGGAGCAGCUGGCCUUGCUGGUGAAAACGGAGUGGCAGCUGUCGUACGUCACUCCUCUCUAUCAGUUCAGACACACUCAGCUGAAGAGCUACUCCAGGCAGCUCUCGGCAUUCAUUGCCGCAGAGAAGCAGCAAGGUUUGGCAGUGGAGUUGGAGGGACCACAGAAACCCUUCAGAGCCUCCUUCUCGUUGGUGCAGGGGAUGGCACAGUCAGACGACGACGCGGAGAUGGUCCUCAUACAGAUCCACUCAAAGCCUUUGUUUCUCAGACAGGACGAGCCACAGAAGCCAGUCUGGAGCGGCUGGCUCACCUGCAUCAACGGCAACCCCGAUUACCUGCGCUCACUGCCAAAGGACUUCAUCUGCCUGCCGCUCUUCGGCAGCAGUGGGGCGGAAGGUCUCACAUCUUUGGUCAAAUCUUGGUUCCAGCAGUCCUUCGACUGCUGCUUCGGCCCCCUGGAAAUCAGCCACAUGAGUUUACAAUGGCUGAUGGCGUUAUGGACGAACUGCCACACUGAGUCCAGCUUACAACACCUCAAAAUGAUUUGGACACUUUCAGUUACGCCACCGCUGCAGGUCACCUACACAGUUCGACCUGAGGACGCCUGGGACCUGUGGUGCAGUGUGAGGAAGGAGAAGGAGAAUGAAGGAGGGGAGGAGGCAGAGGAGGAGAGCAGUAUCGACAUUGAGGAGGUGGUGAGGUUCAUGCAGGGGCUGAAGAGCCACUUCUACAGACACUUCAGGCUGGAUCUGUCGGCAGGCAGCCUGAACCAGGUCUCCACAGCACUGGGCUCAGCCAAAUACAGCGGCAGGAUCAAGAUCUCCAACAGUAAAUACAUGAUCACCACCCUGACACUACUGACAGAGUGCGCCCUCCUCAAAAUGCCCAUCUGAGUGGUACAACAGACUUACCCCCACCAGGAAAUGCAACGUUACAAUACACAACACCUACUCCUAGGAAAGCCUGGAAAUGCAGCUUAAUUAUAGUGCAGAUUGCUUUUUUUAAAAACAUAAAUAAAGUCAAACAUCCAUUUUUUAAACCUCUCUUCAAAACAUGAAAUUGAGAAUAAUUUUUUUUUUUUUUGCAAUAUUUUAUUUAAUAUUGCGCACAACUGAGUCAUGUUUUGGCUAUUUUUUCACUCUUUUCCUGCAUGUAAACAUCACAUACAUAGGUUCCACCUCUUUUUGUAAAUACUUUACUGUAUAUAGUUUUGUCAUUUAUAGAUGUAAAUAAAAGCCAGAAAAAGAUGUUUGACUGGUGCAUGAUGAUUCCAACACUUGAAGGUCUACUGUGUGGAAUUUAGUGGCAUCUAGUGAUGAGGUUGCAAAUUGCAACCAACUGAAACGCAAAAACAUGAAUGACCCUACCCAGCACCGUUUGGUCUGUCCAUUUUCGGCAACAGUAGAAACAACAUGGAGGACCCGCUUGUGAAUUUAUGUUU